CUGCGUUUAUAAAUAUAAUAAUACAUGGACAACCAUUCCAGUAGUGGUAUCACGUCUCAUACCAAGCUGGAUGUCAUUAAAUCCGAUACUAUACGACAACGUACCAUACCAAGUCAUCGUUCAGACCAAUCAACUAUACUUUCCUUGGAUCCCAACAUUGAACGACGACUUUUAAGAAAGUUGGACUGGCGUAUUGUACCAUGGAUCUUCAUUCUCUAUUUUCUUUCAGUAGAAGAUCGUGUCAAUGUUGGUUUUUCCUUUACCAUGAAUAAACAACAAGGUCAUGACUUGGCUACUGCGGCACAUCUUACAGCUCGUGAAAAUAAUAUCGGUUUGGGACUCUUUUAUGUUGCUUAUAUCUUCUUUGAAGUACCUUCUAAUUUGAUCAUGGCCAAUGUGAACCCUGCCUACUGGAUUGCGCGAAUCAUGAUUACUUGGAGCAUUGUUACAUGUUGUAUGGCUGCUAUUUCUCAAGCUUGGCAUUUCUACUUAUUACGAUUCUUGCUAGGUGUCUUUGAAGCUGGAUUUUGGCCUGCUUAUUAUACUACAUUAUGGUAUAGACCUGAAGAAAUCUCGUCCCGUAUUGGUAUCAUGUAUCUAGCUGGACCAGCAUCAGGUGCUUUUGGUGGACUUAUAUCGGCAGGAAUUCAAUUAAUCGAUAUGCGAGGUAAUCUGUAUGGAUGGCAAUGGUUAUUUUUGAUCUCUGGGCUACUAUCAUUGGUUUUUGGAUUCGCCACCUUGUUUGUACUACCUUCCAAACCAGAUCAAUCAAAAGGAUUUUUAACCGAAGAAGAAACACGGAUGGUACAACAACGGAUUGACAAAGGACAUCAGGAUAUGUUGGAGAACGAUAAUAAUAAUGGCAAGACAAGCAAGAAAACAGUGGUGAUGCGUGAUUUGAGGAAUCUUCGAACUCAAUUGAUGGAUUAUAAAGUAUGGUUGUUUUGUGUGUUAUACUUUACUCCUGUAAUGGCGGCCACCUCACUUGGUUACUUUUUACCAAAAAUUGUUCAACAAAUUGGUACUUAUGAUUCGAUUCAAGUUAGUUUGAUGAGUAUCCCUCCCUAUGUAUUUGGUGGCCUCAUGGUGCUUAUUGUGACUCGAUUAAGUGACAGAUGCAAGGAUCGCGGAUGGUUUAUCAUUGGUAUGUGCUUGACUUCGUUUACUGGUUUUGUUAUCCUUAGCUUUACUAAAUCUGUGGGUACAAGGUAUUUUGGUUUGAUGGUUGUGGCUGGUGGAACUUAUCCUACAGUACCUUUGAGUAUGGCAUGGACAGCAAAUUCCAAAGAAGAUGCCGUGGCAGUAGCAUCAGCAACAGGAAUUGUAUCAUCGGUGGCCAACGUGGGUGCUUUGAUAUGUACAUUCGCACUUUAUUCUGGAUGGGAAGCCGAUGCUCCAAAUUAUAUGGGUUCAAAUAUGGUUGUUGGCGGUGCUAUGUUAUUAGCUGCAGUUUGUGCUGUGGUGCUCAAAUUUCGACUGAAACAACUGAAUAAAAUGAUUGACACAGGAACCAAGGUUGGAAAUGGUGGAAGAGAUUAUCGAUACCUUUUGUAGUUUUAUAUAUAUAUAUGUAUAUAUAUUUUAUUUUAUUUUUUAGUGUAAUUCUGUUAUUGAUGAUAUGUAAUAAAUAUGUUCCUU